GUGCGGCGUCGGCAUCACUUCCUUGGGUAUCGGGCGACCGGACAUGGUGGUGCGGUCGCUCGUGCCGGUGGUGAUGGCGGGGGUUCUGGGCAUCUACGGCCUAAUCCGGGGAGACGGCCCUGCAUACUCCGCGUACUCGGGCUACGCUCACCUCGCCGCCGGCACGACCGUGGGCCUCAGCUCGCUGGCCGCCGGCCUCGCCAUCGGCGUCGUCGGCGAUGCGGGCGUGAGGGCGAACGCGCAGCAACCCCAGCUCUUUGUGGGUGUGGUCCUCGUCCUCAUCUUCGCAGAGGCCCUCGGCCUCUACGGCCUCAUCGUGGGCCUGGUCGUCGUCAGCAACGCCGCGGUGGCUCCAGCGCAGUCGCACGGGGGGGGGGCGCUUGAAGAUAGCUGCCACUUCUCCAGGAGAAGCAGCAUCGACCUUCUUCGGAAGCGACAGCCAGUUGGGCGGCCGACGACCAUCAGAACGACUGCGGUGGCUGCCCCCGUUCUGCCCGCCAACUUGUCCUGGCUUCCCUCCCCCCAUGAAAGUCUCCCCAGGCCGAUGGAAACUUUGAGAAAUUCUCAGGGGCGCGAGAAGGGUCAGAUGCGUCACACACAUAUGGAUCCUCGUUGCUCUUUCUCCUCCUUCUCCUCUUCCUCCUCCACCGCUUUUCCAUCUAUGCGGUCCUCCCUGUCGCACCUUCAGACGUGUCGGAAGGGCGGGCCGGGCGUUCCGCUACAGACUUCUUCACCAUUCAUGAUAUUACCGCCUGAUGUUCACAGCAGUUUCACGGAUGGAGUGCGGUGGUUUUCAAAAUGUGGUUUUCGCUUCAGUGCCUUGCACGGAUGGAGGGCGGGUGGUUUUCAAAAUAUGGUUCUCGCCGUAGCGCCGCGUAUACUCGUUUUCAACGCUUGCAGCAGCUUCAAGGAUGGAGGACGGGUCGUUGCUGAAAUGUGGCCCUCGCUUUAG